AUGAUUGUGAAACCAAUAGGAAUACUAACGGUCAGUUCGGGAGAGUUUGUAGAGAUAAGAAAAACCAAUUCUUUUAACUCAGAUCAGUUUUUGAACCAGUAUCAUACAGAUUUAAUUAGUCAUACUAAUGAUGAGAGAAUACCUGAAAGAUUUGUUCACGCUAAAGGCGGAGGUGCGUUUGGCUAUUUUGAGGUCACUCAUGACGUCACAAAAUACGUAAGCGCGGAAUUGUUUGACACAAUUGGCAAGAAGACACCACUAGUGGUGCGUUUUUCUACCGUUGUGCAGAAUUUGGGAGGGAAUGACCUUGCUAGGGAGGUAAAAGGAAUGGCUAUCAAACUUUAUACCCAAGAAGGAAACCUUGAUUUCUUAUGUCUCAAUUAUCCAGUGUUUUUUUAUAGAGAUCCUUUAUUUUUUACUUCUUUCAGUCAUAGUUUUAAAAGAAACCCCAAGACAUUCCUAUUGGAUUUCACAAUGUCUUGGGAUUUCGUAACUAAAAGACCUGAUGCAUUACACAGUUACUUGUGGUUGCUAUCAGAUUACGGUAUUCCUAAUGGUUAUAGGAAAAUGGAUGCUUUUCCGAUUCAUACAUACAGGGUAUACAAUAAACAUGGAGAUACGUACUUCGUCAGAUUCAAUUUCAGGACCGAACAAGGUGUUGAAAAUCUUCCCUCGGAUGUCGCUGCUGAAAUUUCUUCCAGGGAUUUAGAUUAUUUCAAUAGAGAUUUGUUUAAUGCUAUAGAGAAUAAAACAUAUCCAUCUUGGAGAUUAGACAUGGAUAUCAUGACAUUCGAGGAUGUUAAAAAUGUUGAUUAUAAUCCAUUCGACGUCGGUAGAUUGUGGAAGGAAGGUACUUACUUCACAGAGACAGUGGGACGACUUGUUCUAGACAGAAAUCCUGAUAAUUACUUCAGAGCAAUAGAACAGAGCGCUUUUAAUCCAGCCAAUUUAGUACCGGGUAUACCUGGUCCAAUGGACACCAUGUUUCGUAGUAGACGGCAAUCUUACCGGGAUGCUCAAAUUUAUCGUUUGGGAGUGAAUCAUAACAGAAUUAAAGUCAACCAGCCCCUGUAUUACAAGGGAUACAAUCGUGACGGAGUAUCUCCUUUAAAAGAUAACAUGAAAGAUGCACCGACUUAUUAUCCAAACAGAUUUAGCGGCCCCGUACCAUAUGUAGAUCCAAACAUGCCUAAAGAGAAAUUUAAAAUUUACGAAACCACUGCUGUUGAUUUGGAACCAGCUGCAAAUUUUUAUAAUAAUAUCUUGAAAACGGACGAUCAACGGGAGAGACUGGCCAAUAACAGUGUUGCAAGGCUAAUAACUGUAUCCCCGGAAUUGCAAAGGAGGGUUAUACGGUUGUUUAGUUUAGCAGAACCUGAUUUAGGUAGAAGAGUGGAACGUAUAUUGGUGGAAACAUUGGAACAGCCACCGCCUCCUAUACAACCUAGUCGCGUGCUAAAAGUACCUCCGACAAUGUAUGCUAUGUAUAGUAGUAAAAUGAAUGAUGAAAACCAAAACAAUCAAUUCAUUCAUAAUUGAAUAUUUGUAUGUAAUAUGUUUAGAUGACCACGGUCGUAAGUUUAUGCUCUUACAAAAUGUGACAACCUAUCGUUACUUUUUUUCAUUCAUAUGUAAAAAAAUAAUACUAAAACCAACUGGCACUGCUCAUUAGUAAUAUAUAUACUCUGUGUAAAAUUAAGUUGAAAUGUUUGCACAAAGAAAAUCAUAUAUCGAUGUGUUGUAAUUACUUUUGUUAUUUGGAGACAAAAAUGUGUUUUACUUACACUAAGUUACAAAACAGUAUAGAGAUAUAAAUUGUAUAAAAUGAGAUGGAAAAAAUAAAAGAAAAUUGAAUAAAGCUAUCUCACGUACUACUUAUGUAUGUAGUGAUAUGACAAAAUUGGUUCUAAGUACUUUAUGGAGAGUUUCCACGAAAGAAUAUUCCUGUAUUAAUAGAUAUACGAAAUUGAAUUUAAUAUGAAGAAAGUAUACAUUUUUGUUUUUCUAGCAUUAAAACUUUUGUUUUAUUUGCAAUGAAAUAAAUAUUCUUACUCAUAAUAGUAUGCGUGAAUUGAAAUGUGGAUAUCAAUCAAUCGUCAAAUAGCUGUGACAUAACAUACGUAAAUAAUUAGUGAAUCGUGACGAGCGACGUCACGAGAUCUUUUCAUCAGCUUUUGUCGUUGUUAGGACAAAUGAAUCAAGAACACGUCAUGGUAAACAUUUUAUUAAACAAAUAUUAAACGCACGCAUACAAAUCAGGUCAUCAAUUAUCAUUAAAAUUUUUAGCGCGCUCAGUCACGGGUGCGUAAAUUUUAUAAUUGCUCAAAAAAUAUAUUUUAUUCUGAAAAGGAAGGAAACAAUUCCGAUUACUGAGGAGGUUUUGAUCAUUUUAAGUAUUUAAAAUCAUUAAGAAACGACCUAAAUUGUAUAUAAUAGUUAGUUUGUUACUAUAUAAAAUAUAUGAAUUCAAGACAAAGGAUAAUUUUCAGUUCAUCGUGAUCCAGUACCAUUUUCAUACAUUUUUAUUCAUGUUUGUUACAAAAUAAUAUUUACGAUUUUUUUAUUAAUACAUGCACUAUUAAAUUAAAUAAAUUUUUUUGGGAUAUGACUCGCUUUUUUGUGAUGCUCAGUCCUAGUUUGUAAAGACUAAUUGGCUAACUCUUAACUCAUCAUCUUUGUUUUUAUACGAAAAUACAGUUUUUGUUAUAACUUGAUUAUUAAAUAUGUGAUGUAAUUAUUAAUAUCGUAACCUAAGAAAUCUAGAUAAUGUUGUUUAAAUGAUCAGGUAACCGGUCUAUUUCGAUCUCAAGAACGAGGUCGUAGUGACCUCUGUGAACCGAAAUCUGGAGAUUAACAACAUUGUUUAGAAUGUCAUUUAUAGACAAGGUCUAUUUAUAGAACAAUAACACACUGAAUGCCACUUACAGAAAAUAACUACAAAGUAAACUUACUUACUAUUUAUUUGACAGCCGCCAAGCUAAUGUUAUGUUACUUAAGUUUUCUAUGUAGAAUUUUGUCGUGUAGUCUUAAAAAAAUCUCGGUUCGCCAUAUUUUCAUACAGGAUUUUUAACUUUUUUUAUUUACUAUUUAUUUGACAGCCGCCAAGUUAAUGUUAUGUUACUUAAGUUUUCUAUGUGGAAUUUUGUCGUGUAGUCUUAAAAAAAUCUCGGUUCGCCAUAUUUUCAUACAGGAUUUUUUACUUUUUUAUUUACUAUUUAUUUGACAGCCGCCAAGCUAAUGUUAUAGUACUUAAUUUUUCUAUGUAGAAUUUUGUCGUGUAGUCUUAAAAAAAUCUCGGUUCGCCAUAUUUUCAUACAGGAUUUUUUACUUUUUUAUUUACUAUUUAUUUGACAGCCGCCAAGCUAAUGUUAUAGUACUUAAUUUUUCUAUGUAGAAUUUUGUCGUGUAGUCUUAAAAAAAUCUCGG